CAGCCCGCAUGAAACAAUUUUCCUAGACAUUGACGUAAAUUUCACAAUGAUCGACCAUAAAUCCCAAAUUCUGCCCUCUCCAAAAUCCCGCCAUUCCUCAGCUCCACCAUAGCCAACGGUUCAUCUUGUAAUUCACCCCUCUUCUGGCAAUCUGAACCGUCCAUUUCUACCCCACUAAUGAGCUCAUACAGAUACAGAUGUUGCUCGUUUGUAGACCUGGAAACUCUUCCUCAUCACUGUCAAUGGCCAUAACGUCUCUUAUCUUUCAGCCUCUGUAUUUCUCUCAUCCUCUCCUUCAAUUUCAAAGCUCGAUUACAGGGCCAAAAUGGGUUCUCAGAACCACCAUAAAAAAUGGUUUUCUGCACUUUCCAAGUCCAAUCUCAGGUCUAAAAUGGGUUUAUAAACCAACCCAUAAAACCACUUUUAGAGAUGGUUUUCUGGUUUUAGCUUCUUCAUCUUCUCCAUCAAAAGAGCCCACUACUGAGGCCACUGCUGAAUCCUGUGUGACUUUGGGUCUCUCCCUUUUCUCCAAAGGCCGGGUGAAAGAUGCUCUUGCUCAAUUUGAUAAUGCACUUGCUUUAGAACCAAAUCCUUUGGAAGCCCAGGCUGCCUUUUAUAACAAAGCUUGCUGCCAUGCAUACAGGGGAGAAAUAAAGAAGGCUGCAGAUGCUUUGAGAAAAGCAUUGCGAGAUUAUAAUCUCAAGUUCAGCACUAUUUUGAAUGACCCUGAUUUGGCCUCUUUUAGAGCUUCACCAGAGUUCAAAGAAUUGCAAGAAGAGGCAAGGCUGGGUGGUGAAGACACUGGAGACAGUUUAAGGAAAGAUCUCAAGUUAAUAAGUGAGGUCCAAGCACCAUUUCGUGGUGUUAGAAGAUUUUUCUAUGUUGCUUUCACUGCAGCUGCUGGUAUUUCAACCUUUUUUACUGUUCCUAGACUUAUUCGUGCAAUUCAGGGUGGGGAGGGUGCUCCUGAUAUUUGGGAGACUGCGACAAAUGCUGCCAUCAAUAUUGGAGGCAUUGUUGUUCUUGUGGCCUUAUUUAUUUGGGAUAACAGAAAAGAAGAGGAGCAGAUUGCACAAAUAAUGCGAGAUGAAACACUGUCAAGGCUACCUUUGCGGCUAUCUACGAAUCGAAUUGUUGAACUUGUACAGCUAAGAGAUACAAGCAGGCCAGUCAUUUUGGCUGGAACGAAAGAGUCAGUCUCAAGAGCCGUUGAGAAGGCUGAGAGGUUCCGAACUGAACUUCUCAGACGAGGUGUUCUUCUUGUCCCUGUUACAUGGGAUGAUGACAAAAAGCAGUUAACAGAUAGAAAAGGGUUUGGGGUCCCAGAAAAAGCAUCUAGCUCUCUACCAUCACUUGGGGAAGAAUUUGAAAAACGGACUCAGUCCAUAAUUGCAAAGUCUCGUUUGAAGGCAGAGUUGCGUUUUAAAGCUGAGAUUGUUUCACCAGAGGAAUGGAAAAGAUGGAUACGUGAUCAACAAACUUCAGAGGGUGUCACACCUGGGGAGGAUGUCUACAUAAUCUUGCGUCUCGAUGGGCGAGUAAGAAGAUCAGGAAGGGGCAUGCCUGACUGGCAACAGAUUGUUCAGGAGCUGCCCCCAAUGGAAGCAUUAUUCAGCAAACUAGAACGAUAACUUCUUUUUUUUUACUAGGAAUUGCUUCAAUGCUUGGGGUUCAUGAAAAUUAGUUUCUGUAAAAAUUCCAUUCGAAAUUCAUUGUUCAAUUC